GGAGGGGCUGCGGGAGCCAUGCCCGGUAAUCCCGGCUGCGAGCGGGCCCAUGUGUCCAGAGUGAAGCAGCUCCCAGAGCAGGGCAAGGCCUCCCCCAUGGGCACCUCAGACAUGGAGAGGAAAGCAUCCUAUGAGGAUGUCCCCGGGGAGCCCGGGGGGCUCGGGGGGGUGGUCAGCACCAUCUCCAGCAGCAGGAGCCCCCUGCAGCCCCCCGAAGCUGAUGAUGGGGAGCCCUUCACCACCUACUUCGACAGCAAGAUCCCCAUCCCUGAGGAUGAGACGCAUUCCUGCUUCAGCUUCCGCAAGCUGUGGGCGUUCACGGGGCCGGGGUUCCUGAUGAGCAUCGCCUACCUGGACCCUGGCAACAUCGAGUCUGACCUGCAGUCCGGGGCUGUGGCUGGCUUCAAGCUGCUGUGGGUGCUGCUGCUGGCCACCAUCAUCGGGCUGCUGCUGCAGCGGCUGGCAGCCAGGCUGGGCGUGGUCACCGGGCUGCACCUGGCAGAGGUGUGCCACCGCCAGUACCACAAGGUCCCUCGGAUCCUGCUGUGGCUGAUGGUGGAGCUGGCCAUCAUCGGCUCCGACAUGCAGGAGGUGAUCGGCUCGGCCAUCGCCAUCAACCUGCUCUCCAUGGGCAGGAUCCCGCUCUGGGGGGGAGUGCUCAUCACCAUCGCCGACACCUUCGUCUUCCUCUUCCUCGACAAAUACGGCCUGAGGAAGCUUGAGGCGUUUUUUGGGCUCCUCAUCACCAUCAUGGCCCUGACCUUUGGAUAUGAGUACAUCACGGUGAAGCCCAACCAGGAGAAGCUGCUGCAGGGCUUGUUCAUCCCCUACUGCCAGGACUGUGGCACUCCCCAGCUGGAGCAGGCCGUGGGCAUCGUGGGCGCCGUCAUCAUGCCCCACAACAUGUACCUGCACUCUGCCCUGGUCAAGUCCCGGCAGGUGAACCGUGCAGACAAGAGGGAGGUGAGAGAGGCCAACAAGUAUUUCUUCAUCGAGUCGUGCAUCGCGCUCUUCGUCUCCUUCAUCAUCAACAUCUUCGUGGUGACCGUCUUCGCCGAGGCCUUCUUCGACAAGACCAACGCCGACGUGAGCCAGGUCUGUGCCAACAGCAGCAGCCCCCACUCCUCACUGUUCCCCAACAACAGCGACGCUCUGGAGGUGGACAUCUACAAGGGGGGCGUGGUCCUGGGCUGCUACUUCGGGCCCGCUGCCCUCUACAUCUGGGCCAUCGGCAUCCUGGCGGCCGGGCAGAGCUCCACCAUGACGGGCACCUACUCGGGCCAGUUCGUCAUGGAGGGCUUCCUGAACCUGCGCUGGUCGCGCUUUGCCCGGGUGCUGCUGACGCGCUCCAUCGCCAUCACCCCCACGCUCUUCGUGGCCAUCUUCCAGGACGUGGAGCACCUGACGGGCAUGAACGACUUCCUCAACGUGCUCAUGAGCCUCCAGCUCCCGUUCGCGCUGAUCCCGGUGCUCACCUUCACCAGCCUGCCCGGCGUCAUGCACGACUUCGCCAACGGCCUGUUCUGGCGGGUGGCCGGGGGUCUCCUGAUCCUGCUCAUCUGCAGCAUCAACAUGUACUUCGUGGUGGCCUACGUGAUGGCGCUGCACAGCCUGGCGCUCUACGUCGGCGCCGCCCUGCUCAGCGUGCUCUACCUGUCCUUCGUGGCCUACCUGACGUGGCUGUGCCUCGUUGCCCUGGGCGCCUCCUUCCUGGCCUGCGGGAGCACGGUAAGCGUCACCCGGACCCUGCACCUGGAGCAGCCGCCCUCCCACCCCCCCAAAUAGCCUGGGGGGGGGACCUGGAGCCCCCAGAGCCACCCUGGGGACACGGACGGAGCCGCUCGGGGACGCCCCCGGCAGGACACGGAACACCCGGAGCCUUCGGGGCUGGCCCGGCUCUGCUGAACCCCCAAAACCCCCCUGGGGGGGAGCCACACCUGGGGGGGACAGGAACAGCCUGAGCCCCCCCUGGGGGGGACAGGAACAGCCUGAGCCCCCCCUGGGGGGGACAGGAACAGCCUGAGCCCCCCCUGGGGGGGACAGGAACAGCCUGAGCCCCCCCUGGGGGGGACAGGAACAGCCUGAGCCCCCCCUGGGGGGGACAGGAACAGCCUGAGCCCCCCCUGGGGGGGACAGGAACAGCCUGAGCCCCCCCUGGGGGGGACAGGAACAGCCUGAGCCCCCCCUGGGGGGGACAGGAACAGCCUGAGCCCCCCCUGGGGGGGACAGGAACAGCCUGAGCCACACCUGGUGGGGACACAGGAGCAGCCUGAGCCCUCCUGGAUGGGUGCCACACCUUGAGGGGGGACACAGGAGCAGGCUGUCCCCCCUGGAUGGGUUCCACACCUGGGGUGACACAGGAGCAGCCUGUCCUCUCUGGGGUGACACAGGAGCAGCCUGUCCCCUCUGGAUGGGUUCCACACCUGGGGUGACACAGGAGCAGCCUGUCCUCUCUGGGGUGACACAGGAGCAGCCUGUCCCCUCUGGGGCGACACAGGAGCAGGCUGACCCCCCUGGGGUGACACAGGAGCAGCCUGUCCCCCCUGGAUGGGUUCCACACCUGGGGGGAUGCAGGAGCAGCCUGAGCCCUCCCCCAUUCUCCUUCAAAUCCCAAAUUCCUCAUCCCAGAGCCUUUGACCCCCCCCUGUAGCACAAACACUGACCUCCAGGAACGCUGCUCUGGCACUGACCUGGACUAAAUAAGCUAAAAAAAUCCCUAAAUCCCCUUUUGGGUGGCAUUUGGGGACGCUGCUGUCACUGGGCAUGGGGUGACACUACAGCUGGCUCUGCCCCAGCCUGAGCAGAUCUGGUAUUUCCCACUGGAAAACACUUCCCAUGAGCAUGGGAAAGCUGAGCAUUAAUAUUAUUUUAUUCUAUUAUCACUACUGGCUUUUAGUGGCCCCAUGUGGGAUCUUGGGGUCAGCAAAUGAAACGAGUUCGUGGUUAUUUAUGAUUUUAUGACUUGAUUCCCUGUGAUCCAUGGAAAUACUCUUGGAGUUCUCCAAAAUAACUCAAAAUCAGGCUGUGGAGGCUCCAAGGGCUUUUUCCAGGGGUUUCUUUGCUGCUCCCUCUUGUCCUGGAUUAAAUUCCCUCCUCUCAUCCUCCUGUGUUUAAUGAGUUUGGGAAGAAGCUUGGCCAGGAGUGUGACCUGAGUGCAGGAGUGGGGUGGGAUGGGGGGCACAGAGCCCCCCUUGGAUCUCCCAGGGCAGUUUUGGGGCCCCAUCCUGCCUCUUGGGUCUCUGAAUCAUGGAAACUGGGCGUGGGGAGCUCAGAUUUGGGUUAUUUCGGGGAAAUUCCCUUCUCUGUCCAGCUGGAGCUGCAGCAGAGGCACAGCUCCGGGGGUUUAGAUCCCAAAGUGCUUCUUGGAGCUGCAGGAUGGGGCCCCAAACCUGCCCUGGGGCCAAGCCCGAGGGUUCCAGCCCAGCCCUGCUUUAUUUGGGAUGCCUGGAUCCAUCCUAGUCUGGUUUAUUUGGGAUUCCUGGCUCCAUCCCCAGGUUUAUUUGGGAUAAUAAAAUGAGUCCAUCCCAGCCCUCGUUUAUUUGGGAUGCCUGGCUCCAUCCCAGUCCUGGUUUGUUUGGGAUUCCUGAGUCCAUCCCAGGUUUAUUUGGGAUAAUAAAAUGAGUCCAUCCCAGCCCUGUUUAAUUUGGGAUGCCUGGCUCCAUCCUAGUCUGGUUUAUUUGGGAUUCCUGGCUCCAUCCCCAGGUUUAUUUGGGAUGCCUGGGUCUAUCCCAGGUUUAUUUGGGGUAAUAAAAUGAGUCCAUCCCAUCCCUGCUUUAUUUGAGAUGCCUGGCUCCAUCCCAAUCCUGGUUUAUUUGGGAUUUCUGGCUCCAUCCCAGCCCUGUUUAAUUUGGGAUUCCUGGCUCCAUCCCAGGUUUUAUCUGGGAUAAUAAAAUGGGUUUUUCCCUCAGUGCCCACUGGCAUUUCCCUGCUCUCCCAGCUCCAGGCAGGGAAUUUCUCUCUGAAAUAAAAUCCCUGCAGAAUCCAGCCCUGGGGAAUGUUUGGGAUCUGCCCAGGAGCAUUUCUUCCCUUCCAAGAGCAAUCCCAGUGUCCUGUCCCAGGACUGGAGCCCCUGUGGGGUUUAUCCACCCCCCAGGCCUGGGGUCACUCCCUGGUGCCCCGGACACCUUCCAGGGAUGGAGGUGACAACACUCAGGGAGAGCCCAGCAGGAAAACUCCCCUUUAAUGGGCAGGAUCAGAUCCCUCUUCCCAAACCUGACCACGAGGAUUCUCCUUUUUCCCCGCUGGUAUCCCAAAUUCCAGCAGGAUUUAACCCCGUAGUGUCACAUCUGCAGGUUUUACACCCAUCCCCAGAGCACAGCUGCGGGGUUUGUGGGCUGCACCAGAGGAUUUGGGCUUUGGAAUUCUGCUCUACCCCCACCCUGGGCUGGGAAUUUCGUUUUGGGAGGGGUCAGCUCUCCUGGCUGAGCACUGACUGCGUGUGGAGCCUCCCAUUGCUCCGUGCUGCACUAAUCUGGUUUUUUUUUCCCCCUUUGGUCCUGGUUGUACAAACCCCCUUUGCCAUUAAAAACAUAAAUGGAGACUUUUCCAA